CUGGGACGCCUCUCUGCAUAGCCACAUUCAGGAAGAGCUUUGUCAGCUGAAACCUGAACGGUGGUGGAGGAUAAUACGUUAAAGACGUCCCUGCCUACUUGCGACUUGUGAGCAGGAUCUGCAUUGCUCAGCAAUUUUCACAGCCCUCUCUGUUACUGUGAAUCAAAAGGGUAUCAUUUCCGAGACAUGGCAGUAGCAGCAGGUAUUCUAGAGCCAGGCAGCUCCUUCUGGCAUGUGGCAGGAGGUUUCACCCUGUGCCUGGUGACCGUGUGCAUAGGUGUGUUUGAUACUGUCACUACAGAACUAGGAUUUAGUCAUUAUGCCGAGAAACCAAGUUCUGCACUUCCUGUUUUUCUAUCAAUGCCUUUCAACUCCCUCGUCAACCUCGGAUACGUGUUUUUGGGUAUAUACUGGCUUGUGCGAGAUGAGAAAACCCUUGGAGUUAAACACGGGACUGGUCGUUAUCUGAAGAACAUCUUUUCCUGGAUGGCCUUGGCCUACGGCCCGGUCCAGUGGCUGCGGAUAUCAACCCAGAAUCACCGGCUCGCCGUUCUCGAUCAGUGGUUUACCUUGCCGAUCUUUGCAUGGGCAAUCAUCUGGUGCAACUCUAUACUGGGGAACUGGAGCCGGCAGCGGUUCUUGCUGAUAGAGUGCCUGUCGUUAAUCAGUUAUGGCCUCAGUAUAUUUCACCGGCAAGGCUUUGAGUUAGCCCUGUCUGUACAUAUCCUAUGGGCGGUGAUUUCAGGAGUCAGACUACAGAACAGGCAUGGGAACUCUUCCUCGAAGAAGUACUUGAUCUUCGCACUGAUCUCCUGCCUCGGUUUUGUUGGAUUAAAGCUUCUUGACCAUUGGCUGGCCCGGUAUUUCCUGUUUCAGACACUGACCGGCCAUUUCUGGUCCAAAGUCUGCGACAUCCUACAGUUCCAUUAUGCCUUCUGCUUUCUUCUUCAUCUAGACCGCCAUCGAUUCUUCAAGACAAAUGGAUAGAAAAGUCUAAGAACGUUUUAAAGGAUUGUGUAACCACUGGAU